CUGCACUCAUGCAGUAGAGCAGAAUCUGCUGUGUCGAUCUUACAAAAAGUUCACUGGCAAGAAACUAGGGGACAAGAUUAUGCUCCAGGAGCUAAUGUGCGCACAUAAGAAUGAUCAGAUACAGCAUAAAGUAGGGAGUCGAGAAGAUGCAUCGCAGAAUCCGAAUCCGUCAGCGUCCCCGCAUCGUCCCGAUCCUCCGUUAGCAGCCGAAAUUGAUCAGCGGCACCGGACAUCACAGCAGCACGGGCGCAUGAAGCACGGAUGUUCAUCAGCUCUGGAUCAGGGAGAGGCAGUUCGAUGCCAUUGGCGGCAGCGUCUCGCGCCGCAUCAGGAUCUACGCGAAAUGCCACCUCCCGAGAUGGCUUGGGCACCUGCUUGAAGAAAGUUGGCGGAUGGCGCGCAACGACAGUGUAGGUAUGCUCCUGCACGACGAGGAUGAGAUUUCUUCGAGAAAUUUCAGUAAAGGAUAGAAAUAUCACCGUUCCAGGGAUAGCUUCAAGCCAGAAGAGAAAUUUAUCAUAGUCCUUGUGCAAGGCGAUGGACAAGGUCAUGGUGUGAAACAAAGUAUUCACGCAUUUACCCUGCAGCUUAUCGACUAAACUGCGUAGACCAAAGCUUUCAAGCAGAGCCAAAGCGCUUGCAGAAUAUUCGGAAUACUGGCAUACGAUUCAGCAGAUGAAUUUGGUGGGAAAGGGACUAACAGAUUGCGCGGUGCCCGAGAUCAAGUGAGCGACCUCAGUCUCGACGCUCCCCACUCCCUCAUGAUCCGACUUCUGGUUCAAUUCGGGAACGUUCAUGAGGGUAACCUUGUCAUAUAGACGUGUCAUUACACAUUUAUGGCCGUCCCGCAGCAGGGCCUAUUACGAUCCAAGGUCGACAAAACCGGCAGCUAGUGGGGGACAGACUUACGUCGACCUUGGCCUGCGAAUGUGUCCUUCCUUGCUCAGGGCGGGACCUCUGCCAUGCUCUUGAGGAUAUCAGCUCUGUGCUUUUCGUAGGACGGGAGGGAGGCGUGAGGGGAUGGGGAUGGAGUACGAUCGGUGCGCGAGCAAACUUGAAUAGUCAGCUUACUGCAAAGGAAAGAUUGCCUCGUUACUCACACACGCGAAACAGUUGAUUGCGUAGAUCUAUACCGAGCUGGAAGACUUUUUCGUGACGCUGCUCGAGGUCCUCCGCCGGCCCCAGUGCCAUUGACACGUUGUUGCACGACAGUACUUGGCGAGUCAGGCUCUUGUAGCCGGCGGUCAUAUUGUGUUCAUAAAAGUCCUUGAUGAGCCAUGCUACCACCCGAACGGCAAUUAAUUUAUCUUGAUACUUCGCCGCAGGCUUAGGAAGUCGGAGUGCCGCACUUUCGGCAGAUAGUAGGAGAUUCCAUGCGCUAACCCCGUCAGGGUGCAGUCCGAUUUCAUUGGCCGGAGGAAGGGGCCAGCUUUCGUUGAGAGGAGGAACUGCCGGGUAGGUCACGGUCAUGAGGACGAGAGUCUUGCACAAGUGUCGUGGCAAUAGGAGGCAACUUAGUCAGAAAAUUUAAAGACAGAACGUCAAAGACUGGGAUGUGGUGCGGGGGAUGUCAAGCAACCAUAUCGGGCGCGCGCUGAUAGGCAACGAUCACCGAUUGUGAUCUGACCACGGUCCACCACCUCAUCUUCCUCUCCAACACAGAUCGCAUGUUCUGGAGAUUCGGCUUCCAUAAUGCCUCCGCUAUCGACAGCCUGCUGGAUAAGGAAGACGUUUCCGUAGAAGCUAUUUUGGACGAAGACGAUCUGCUGCAAGAAUGCAAGGCCCAAAACACGCGCCUUAUAGAUUAUUUCCAGCGGGUGGAUGUGUUGCAGAGAUUGCUGAAGCAUGUUUCGGGGCAGAUUGAGAACGAAGAGCACGGCCAAUUCAAGUACCCUUAUGUCUCUACCGAAGUGCUAUGCAGCGAGAUAUGGUCUAUUGUCGAGACGUGUGUCAACUCGCAAACCGAGCUCUUGGUCCCAUUCUGGGAUGCCAUCCUCGACAGAUCACCUGAAGACAUGAAGACGCAGAUGGUCAUGGCGUCGCACUUCGCCAAAAUCAACGCUGUGUUCUUGGGAAAAAGACCUGCGGAGAUGCUGGCUUUCAUCCGCGCGCAACCGGACAUUGUGGAGCGCAUUCUCCGACACAUCGAAACGCCCUCAUUCAUCGACCUGCUUGUGCGCAUCAUUCAGCUGGACGAACAGCCGGGAGGAGCGGGUGUGCUCGAGUGGCUGUCGUCAGAGAACCUGAUGGCUCGGCUCCUGGUGUUCCUCGCACCGACAUAUUCUCCGGACGUGCAUAAUGUCGUCGCGGAGCUCAUCAAAGGCAUCAUCUCGAUGGCCACUCCCACCCCCGGUGCCGGAUUGGGGGAAAUGACAGCCGGACCCGCGUCCAACAUCUUUGCGCGACAGCUGGCAUCGAUGGAGAGCGUCAAGACGCUAUCCGGUUACAUACUUCUGGACUACAAAACGCCGCCGCCAGACCAGGCUGAGACGGAGACCUUGCCAAAUGCGGAAUCCUGCACCUCCUCGGUCGUGCACUCCAUUGCGAUCGUCAUCGAACUCAUUCGGAAGAACAACUCCAACUACUUCGAGCCAUACCUAUUUCACACGCUUCGAAAUCGGCUCAUCCAGGUCCAGCAGCAUCUGGGGCCCGCUGCGCUAGAAGAGGACGGCGAUGGUGGACGAGAGCAGUUGGAAAGCGCUUUGGGAGAGAUGGUAGAUCGGAUUGGAGUGGUUCAUUUGGGUCCUCUGCUAGAGUUGAUCACAGAGAAGCUGGACGGGUUACAGGGCUACCUGCGUUCGCCACGCUCAGUCAACGGAACCAUCAAAACGACGGUCGGAGACAUCGCUCCUCUCACGUUUGAGCGCUAUCGGAUAUGCGAACUGCUUGCCGAAAUGCUGCACUGCUCGAAUAUGGCGCUCCUCAAUCGGGGGAUCGAGCACAGCCGCCUGUACGACAGCGAAGGUCGCCUUCAAGGCGGACUGGCUGCUCUCGAAGAACUCGCGCAGGUCAUCGCACUCAAUCCUGGCAGCGAGGACCGGGACACGCCGAUGCGAUCGAGGGAUGACAUUGCCCCUGCGCACGAGCUGCCUGUGAGCGGUGGGCUGUCAUCGCUGUCGGAUUCCGAUGAAGACAUGAGCGACGACGAGCCGGGUAGUUCGGACGAAGAUCUGAUGGAGGACGAUACUCCUUUUCCCAUCUCAAAACCACACGCGCCAUUACCACCUAGCGGCUCGCCCCCGCUGCAACAGGAAUCCGCGCCCAGCGCGUCUCCGGUGUUGCCCACGCCUUCAUCUUCGCCGAGUAUCAGGUCUCAGCGAGCAAGACAGAGCGUUGUGCUGGAGCUACCUCCGGGUGAGCUGUUCAAGCGUCGAUUUUUCGAACUGAAUAUCCUGUCGACAUUACUGGACCUCUUUUUCGAGUUCCCAUGGAAUAACUUUCUACACAGUGCGGUUUAUGACCUGACGCACCAGAUCCUAACUGGGACCGUCGAUAAUGGAGGGCAGAGUCGAGAACUGGCUAUUUCCCUCUUCCGCGAUGCAAAACUCAUGCAAAGGAUCAUCGAGGGUCAGAAAAUGAACGAUGCAGCGCAGGACAAGCCCAAGGCCGUACGAUUAGGGUAUAUGGGCCAUCUCACACUAAUUUCGGAGGACGUCUUGACUGCGAUGGAGCGUUUCCCCACGGAUGUGCGAGAGGCAAUCGAACCGUUUGUACCUCAGCCGGACUGGGACGAGUACGUCAAAGGACGCUACAAGGAAACGAAGCAGCGCGAUGCUGAGCCGUUGGGUGGCGGGAAACCAGUCAUCCGUAGCACCAUGGCAGGGAGCAGUCGGUGGAAAGUUGACGAGGAAGACACCACUGGAACCGCAGUCACAGGAACGACGACAGCGGCAACAACAUCCGACAGCGACGCAAAUGUCAAGGGCGAGUUCAAACGCGCCAGCUCGUCACGUCCGAGGCGGGAGGGCAGCGCUGAUUUCGGGCCUGCAGAUGCUAACGAAAACGACGGCUUCGAAGUCCGGUCAGCUGCAUUCUACGAAAGCUCAGAUUCAUUCGAUUCGGACGACGAGGAUGACUCCAACGGAGGAUGGUUAUCACAGUCCAAAUUUUCCCUCGGCCAGCCACCAGCGACUGGUCGCCCGGAACGAAGGCCUUUGAGUGCUUCUGGCUUCGAUGACGCCUUCGAGCCCGGUGCUUCAGAUCCAUUCGCAGAUGACGAUGGCUUCGGGCCCUUUUCAGAUUCUGGUUCUGAUGCGUUCUCAUUCGCUGACGAGAUGGACGAUACGGCUUUCGACAGUUUCGGCGACUUCGGAGAAUUCCACGGGUCAUCGUCAAUUCAAGACGGCGAGCUGACGCCGACCGGCAGCUGGACGUUUGCCAGCGGUUCCGGUUCAGAUGACGCGGGUUCGGAGCCCUUUGAUCCACAUAGUCCACAGGGAGAUAAACGAAUGUCGUAGUAUGUCAUGUAAGAUGUACUCGUCCUUCCUAUUCGGGUUUGAAUUCGUAUCCGCCCUGUCUGGCGACCGCCACAAAGUCGAGCGUGGCAAGCUCUGCGCCGGCAGAGUCCGCCAGUGUGCAUUCGACUUUGUCUCCAGGAGACACCUUCCCGACGCCGGAGGGUGUUCCGGUCAGUACGAGAUCUCCUUCCUGUCAAUAAGCGUCAG